AGUGUUUGCUACAGCUCUUUUCAGCUGCUUUUCCGUUGUUGUAAUUUCUUUGUAUCUUUGUGUUUCAAAAAUUCUUGCUCGCAAACAGAAAAAAUGCAAGAGUUCUAAAUUUCUCAAGCAAAGUUUCAACGUACUAUCAAGUAUAAAUUAAACACUAGAACAUGGAGCAGCUGUAUCGGAGGAACAUUGUCAUAAGAGAAGCAGGGGAAACCAGCAGUGGUCAAUCUCCAACACCAAUGAUACAAAAGGGGAUAAGACGCAGAGCAGUUCGUCAAUGCAAAUCACUGCCCUCCACGGAGUCGAUGUUUAAAAUUGUAAUGGAGGCAGGAGAGACUGCGAAGACUAAAUCUCCAAACGCAACACCAAAGAUACAAACGAUACAAAAGUUUGCAUUCUUGCUGCGAGAGAACAAGGGUUUCAAGAAGUACUAUGAGCCAAGAGCAGUAUCACUUGGUCCUAUCCAUUAUGGCAAGCCAAAAUACCAGUUAGCAGAGAAGUACAAGCUUAUAUUGGCCUCUGAGUUCAUCAAAGAAAGCGGCAAGGUUAUAGACGAAUUAUACAAGAAGGUUGAGGAAAACAUCAAGGAACUGAGGGAACACUACGAGGAGGACGCGACUAAAGACUACCCUGAUAAGGCCCUCGCUUGGAUUUUGUUCCUGGAUGGCUGUGCAAUACUUCAAUACAUAUACUGCUUUAUUACUAAUAAGUUCGAAGAUUUGAAUAUAAAACAUGACUGUGCAGUCCUUGGACAACAGGAUUUGUUUUUGCUGGAGAACCAACUUCCUUAUCGUCUCCUGAAAUGGUUGAUGAAGUUGAGUGUGAAGAAAAAAGAGUUGAACGAAUCUAUUGAUAUUUUCAUUAAAAACGUGUCCGAUCAAAAAUCAGAGGGGCAUCAAGCAGAAAGCAAGAAAGGGGAGAGCCUUCAUUCAAAAGAGACCCCACAUGAACAAAGACUAUCAAUGGAUGGAGAAAGGAAGCCCACCCAUCUUCUCCACCUUCUGAGGAUGAGUCUCUUGGAUAAUCCGAAAAAGGUUUCUAACAGCAGCCAAGAGAAUUCAAAGAAAGAUUGGCAAUCUUAUCGCAAUGUACAGGACCUUAAAAAUGCAGGGAUCUGGUUGAAGCCUUGUAAAACUACCUUCUUAAAUGACAUUUCUUAUAUUAGUUCAUCAUGUUUCAUUGGAUAUCUUACCAUUCCUAAGAUGAAAGUGGACAACUCAACAGGGCAAAAGUUCUUCAACUUGAUGGCCUUUGAAAUGUGUCCGGACUUCAUCAACAAUUAUGAGAUCACUUCUUAUAUAAGCUUUCUUAAUUCACUCAUGAAUCAUGCUGACCAUGUUAUGGAGCUAAGGAAAGCGGGGAUACUCCAAAACUUCCUUGGCAGCGACCAAGCAGUGGCUAAAAUCUUCAAUGAGCUUGGCACCAACUUGGUUCCAAACCCCAAUAUAUAUUCAGAUGUAAGAGCAGACAUCGACAAGCAUCAUCAAACAUUGAAGAGUCGAAUGUUUCGAUUCUAUCAUGACUAUUUCGAUAGCCCCUGGUCGAUUCCAGCCUUUUUUGGCAUAUUAUUAGAGCUUGUUUUAACUGGCAUCCAAACUUGGUUCUCAGUCAAGCCAACUUCACGCAGCUAGAGGUAACUUAUCCGUAGUAACUAGUAUCUUAAUGAAAAACAGAUUACUGAAAAAUUUGUUGUGCUUUUGUUGCGUGCAUGGAUUCUUAUACCUCUUAUACACUGGUUUCCAAAUAAAUGGUACCUGAAGAGUUUCUUCGGUCUUUUCCAAUGACACUAGGCAUGGGAUGCCUAAGGAACAUCGAGAGCCAUGUCAUGCACUUUUUCUUGCUUUAAUCUUGUGAGUCUAAAUAAGUCAAGAGAUGUAUGUGAUUUCUUAAAUU